AUGGCUAUCAUGAGCCCAAAUGUGUACCUCUGGUACGUUUGCCUGGUCGCGUCAGCUACUAUGAUCCUUUAUGGCUACGAUGCGGCCACCUUCAAUGCUGUGCAAGGCUCUGCAAAUUUCAUAGAGUAUUUUCAUAAACCAGAUGCCAAUGUUAUUGGCUCCGUAAACACAGCUUACACCGUUGGAGGCAUCGUAUCAGGGGUUUUCUUUUCGGCCCCGAUUUCCAAUAUGUGGGGGCGCAAGAUGGCCAUAGUUGUCGGGUGUGUGAUUGUGAUCAUUGCAACAUUUGUCUCUACUUUUACACCCCGUAAUAUUGGUGGCUACAUCGGUGGGCGUGCUCUUGUCGGCAUCGGCCAAGGCAUUGCCUUGGGUUCAGGACCCGUUUACAUUAGCGACUGGGACUGGAAGACUGUGAUGCUUUGUCAAUUGAUCGCACCGGUAUUCAUCAUUGCAAAUAUUUGGGCUUGUCCAGAAUCCCCGAGAUGGUUUAUCAAGAAAGAUAGAACCGAGGAUGCAAUCAAAGCUCUUCGAAUGAUACGCGAAGACGAUGAUAUGGUAGAGCUAGAACUUCAAGAAAUUCGCCAAGCAAUUGCUUUCGAGAAUCAAGCGGUGGCUGGAAGUUACAAGCCCCUGUGGACAGACAAAACUGUCCGCUAUAGAUUCAUCCUUGCGGUUAUUUUGAACGUCGCCCAACAAUUGUCUGGCCAGGGGUCAUUGAACAACUACUCGACCAUCAUUUAUAAAACUGUGUUCAAGGACAAUUCAACCAUUCAGCUUAUUAACGCGCUCAAUGGAACCUUUGGAAUCACCUUCACUCUCAACGCAACCUGGACGGUUGAUCGCUUUGGCAGACGUUUUCUACUCCUUGUGGGAGCGGUUGGAAUGGCAGCAUAUAAACCAUCUUGGGGUGCGACGGUUUGGAUUUGGACGUCUGAGAUCUUCUCGAUGAACGUUCGAGCACAGGGUGUGGCUAUGGCCGCUCAAUCGCAAAAUGUUGCUAAUGCAGUUCUGCAACAAAUCUUCCCACUAUUCCUCGAGAAAAAAGGAUUUUACGCGAUGUACAUGUUUGCUGGGAUCAAUUGUUUCCUGGUCAUUUUUGUCUACUUCUGGAUACCUGAGACCAAAGGAAAGACCCUCGAGACCAUGGAUACCUUGUUCGGCAGUGUGAACCAUGUCGAUAAGGGAGCCGUCCUGAUGGAUGAGCAAGAGGAAGGGAAGCGAAGGCAGGAAGGGAAUCAGGAACAGGAAGUAGAGGAAGGACAGGAAGUUGUCGACAGUGUGGAAAACGUCGCAGAUCAAACUAAUAAGGAAGUCAAGGCUUGA